GUCUCUCUGUGUCCUGGGUCACUGAGACAGGAUUGUCACUCGGGUGUGAGUGACCAGCGACUGGAAACCUCUUUCCGCUGAGUGACUCCGACAGCGCUGAACAGAGCGGCCUCGGGAACCGUCCCCAUCCCCACGAAGGUGGUGUGGAGCCGGAAUCCCAACCCCGACAAGUCGGGUAAAAGUGGGCGGAAAUUCCUGCGGAACUAAGAUAUUUAUUUGGAGCGGAGUUGGGGGUCCGUUCCCUGAUUCCAGUACCAGUCGAUCAACGGGAGCUGCUCAUUCUUGCCAUUUCCUUAAUCUUUUAUCGGCAGUCGGGAUUUGACUGGCACAGAUUGGAAAUGGCUGGACUGCAGGAGUUACGAAUGACAGAGGAGAAGCCUCUGCUGCGGGAGCAGAUGUCAAUGGAGAAUUGCGAUAUGUUCCUGCCCCCCAUGGACUCAGACUGGCAGGAGCAUGACAUUGAAACGCCCUAUGGGAUGUUGCAUGUGGUGAUCCGUGGUGCACCAAAAGGAAACCGCCCGGCAAUCCUGACCUACCAUGAUGUUGGGAUGAACCAUAAACUCUGCUUCAAUACAUUCUUCAACUUUGAGGACAUGCAGGAAAUCACCAAGCACUUUGUAGUGUGCCAUGUGGAUGCUCCAGGCCAGCAGACAAACGCCUCACAGUUCCCUUCAGGGUACCAGUUCCCGACCAUGGACCAGUUGGCUGCCAUGUUGCCAAGUGUAGUUCAGCACUUUGGAUUUAAAAGUGUUGUUGGGAUCGGAGUGGGAGCUGGAGCCUAUAUCCUCGCCAAAUUUGCUUUGAUUUUCCCAGAUAUGGUAGAGGGAAUGGUCCUCAUCAAUAUUGACCCCUGUGGAAAGGGCUGGAUUGACUGGGCGGCAACAAAGCUCUCGGGUCUGACCAGUUCACUUCCUGACACUGUCCUAUCACAUCUCUGCAGCCAGGAGGAACUGAUGAACAAUACGGAGCUGGUGCAGAGCCUCCGACAGCAGAUAGGAGCUAACGUCAACCAGAGCAAUCUGCAGCUCUUCUGGAACAUGUACAACAGUCGCAGGGAUUUGGAAAUGAACAGACCUGGAACCGUGGCCAAUGCCAAGACUCUGCAGUGUUCGGUGAUGCUGGUGGUGGGGGACAAUUCUCCAGCAGAGGAAGGUGUGGUGGAAUGCAACUCCAAACUGGACCCAACUCAGACAACUUUCCUUAAGAUGGCUGAUUCUGGUGGCCUGCCCCAGAUCACACAGCCUGGAAAAUUGACAGAGGCAUUCAAGUACUUUCUGCAAGGCAUGGGCUACAUGGCAUCUGCCAGUAUGACUCGGUUGGCUCGUUCACGCACGGCCUCACUGACCAGUGCAAGCUCAGUAGAUGGACACCGCCCACGAAUCUGCACUCAAACCAAUAGCAGCGACAGUGUGGGUCAGGUGACUCAGAACAUCUCUCACACCAUGGAGGUGUCAUGCUAAGAGGUGAUAUAGAAACAAGAAUGUGGAUGAACCUGAAAGGUUUUCUAUUCCAUAUUAUUCUUGGUAUGGAAUUAGUUAAAAUAUAAAGAGUAGAGAUUGCUUCAUUGCAGUGUAGCAGUCUAUGAUUUUCUAGCCUAACAAUUAAAAGGCUGCCUACAGCUUUCUUUCCUGCAUGGGUUACAAUCAUUGUGAAUCUUAUUUUGAUAGGUGUAGCUGCUUGAACCUCUCCAACCCGUUAGCAGCCCUUCAUGAGUCCUGUAUUUCUCCAAUCAGUGCCAUGAUACAUAUUAGAGACUGUGCCAAUGUAAUAGUAUUCUUGUAUUCAAUUAUUUUAACUUGUGCAAGGGGAAAGCAUCACAAUUUGAGCUAUCUAAAUGUGGAAGCAUUUCCUAGCAUUGGUGUGUUAACUAACUGUUCUAAGUGUUCUUUAUGCUUUCUGUAACAUGGUGCAAUAAGCUGUCCUGAUCACUGCAGAUAAGUGAAUCUGGCUCCAUUACUUUAUGUUUUAUAGAUACUUUUAUUCCCCCUCCCCCUCAACUUCAGUUUGGAAAACUAUAAAAUGAAGAGGUCAAAGAUUGUUGUGAGUUUCGUGUUCUGAUCUUUGUGAUAAUUGUAGUGAUGUUGAGAUACCUUUUUGUACAAAAUGAUCCUUUGUGGUUGCUGUUGAUCUAAUACCUGACCACAUCUGUGGAUGCCACUAUUGAUAGUUAAUUCACUGUCAAUGUACCUAAUUACUAUGUUUAUGAAAAUAAUAAAAUCAGUAUGAGGAAUUAAAA